AUGGUAUUAAAAAGGGGAGGAAGUGAAAUUAUUGUAAAAGGGCAAGACUCUAAUAAGUGUAGUUUUUUCGAGGCGAUUAGCUUAGUUAAAGACUGGGGUUAUGAGGGAUGUGGACUUUGGAGUAAGAUACCAGGACUCGAUAAAGGGUUUAUUCAUUUCAUUGAUGAUGUACAAGCUGGAGAAAUUUCUAAUCAUAACCUUAGUAGUAAUGUUGAUGAGCAUAUCUGGGUAGAACAUGGUGUUGAAGACAUGGGAAGCAAGGUGUUAAAGCCUGAUGUUGAUCAAUUAAGUGAAUCUAGUGAUAUUGAUAGCUUUGAUGAUGAUGAUGGAGGAAUAAAAUUGGAUGAUAGUAAAGAAGAAUGA